AUGGCGAGCGCGACGAUCGCGACGCUCGCGACGCUCGCGCCGGUCGCGCGGCGAGGCGGAGGCGGCCGCGGCGACCGCGGCUCGGGCGGCCGCAGAGGCGGCGGCCGAGGCCGCGGCGGCGUGAUGAGCAGCGGAGGCGCCGAGCGUCAAAAGACGAGGACGCGCCAUCCUCGGCGGCGACCGCACCGCGCCGCGAACGACGAGACGAUGGACGCGCCCGCGACGCUGUGGGCCCCACCGCUCGACGGCCAGGACCUCCCCGCGCUCGUGUGCUUCGACCUGGACGACACGAUAUGGUUCCCGGAGCUGUACAUGAUGCGCGGCGCGCCGUGGACGAAGGAGAGGUGCGACACCACUGGGCGCGAGAGGGUGAUGGACGCGAGCGGCGAGGAGCUCCGGUGCUACCCCGCCGCGACGGCCGCGAUGGCGAUGCUGCGCUCGCACGCGGCGUUCGCGAAGAGAGGCACGAAGAUCGCGGUCGCGUCGCGGACGAAUCGCGGCGCGUGGGCGGACGAGGUCAUGGGGAUGUUCGUCGUCGACGACGGGAGCGGGAGCGGGACGACGACGACGAUGCGCGAGUGCGUGGGAGACCUCGUGGAGAUGUAUUCGGGGACGAAGAAGCGACACUUCGAGAAGCUCAAGGCGCGGACUGGGAUACCGUACGCGGACAUGCUCUUCUUCGACAACGAGGAGCAAAACACGAGGGACGUGGCGACGCUCGGCGUGACGUGCGUGCUGUGCGUCGGCGGGAUGACCGAACGAGCGUGGGAAGAUGGAUUGCGCGCGUUCGCGGAGAAAAAAGCGCUCGUCGCGCGGCGGCGCGCGGCGGCGGCGGCGAAACGGUAG